AUGGCUAUAUUCAGAGCACAGACUACUCAGGGAUCAUGGGUGAAUUCUCAAUCUGCAGAAAUCACACUUAGAACGUACGCAGAGGCUUCAGUUCCUGGUAAUGAUACUGGACACGGUUUCUCAGAAGGUGCUCCUUCCUGUGGACAAGGCAAAGAUAAUUCAGAUAAUGAUCUGACAGAUACAGUAUUUCCAUGUUCUAUAGAUACCAAAUGUUUUACACAGAACACAAAGUGUAUUAACCCACACACAGGUAAGGCAGGUAAAAGGCCAGUAUGUCCGGAGUGUGAGAAAUGUUUUACAUACAAAUCAGAUCUUGUUAUACAUCAGAGAAGUCACACAGGUGAGAAGCCAUUUCCAUGUUCUGAGUGUGGGAAAUGUUUUGCACGGAAAUCACGUCUUGUUAGACAUCAGAGAAGUCACACAGGUGAGAAGCCAUUUCCAUGUUCUGAGUGUGGGAAAUGUUUUACACAGAAUUCACAACUUGUUGCACAUCAGAGAAGUCACACAGGUGAGAAGCCAUUUCCAUGUUCUGAGUGUGGGAAAUGUUUUGCACAGAAAUCAGUUCUUGUUAAACAUAACAGAAGUCACACAGGUGAGAAGCCAUAUUCAUGUUCUGAGUGUGGGAAAUGUUUUGCAUACAAAUCAUCUCUUGUUAAACAUAACAGAAGUCACACAGGUGAGAAGCCAUUUCCAUGUUCUGAGUGUGGGAAAUGUUUUGCACACAAAUCAGAUCUUGUUAUACAUCACAGAAGUCACACAGGUGAGAAGCUGUUUUCUUGCUCUGAAUGCGGGAAAUGUUGUGCAAGUAAAUCACAACUUGUUAGACAUCACAGAAGUCACACAGGUGAGAAGCCAUUUUCUUGCUCUGAGUGCGGGAAAUGUUUUACACAAAAAUCACAUCUUGUUACACAUCAGAAAAGUCACACAGGUGAGAAGCCAUUUCCAUGUUCUGAGUGUGGGAAAUGUUUUGCACAAAAAUUACAUCUUGUUAGACAUCACAGAAGUCACACAGGUAAGAAACCAUUUUCUUGCUCUGAGUGUGGGAAAUGUUUUACACGGAAAUCACAUCUUGUUACACAUCAGCAAAGUCACAAAGGUGAUAAACCGUUUUCUUGCUCUGAGUGCGGGAAAUGUUUUACACAAAAAUCACAUCUUGUUACACAUCAGAAAAGUCACACAGGUGAGAAGCCAUUUCCAUGUUCUGAGUGUGGGAAAUGUUUUGCACAAAAAUUACAUCUUGUUAGACAUCACAGAAGUCACACAGGUAAGAAACCAUUUUCAUGCUCUGAGUGUGGGAAAUGUUUUACACGGAAAUCACAUCUUGUUACACAUCAGCAAAGUCACAAAGGUGAUAAACCGUUUUCUUGCUCUGAGUGCGGGAAAUGUUUUACACAAAAAUCACAUCUUGUUACACAUCAGAAAAGUCACACAGGUGAGAAGCCAUUUCCAUGUUCUGAGUGUGGGAAAUGUUUUGCACAGAAAUCAGUUCUUGUUAAACAUAACAGAAGUCACACAGGUGAGAAGCCAUAUUCAUGUUCUGAGUGUGGGAAAUGUUUUGCAUACAAAUCAUCUCUUGUUAAACAUAACAGAAGUCACACAGGUGAGAAGCCAUUUCCAUGUUCUGAGUGUGGGAAAUGUUUUGCACACAAAUCAGAUCUUGUUAUACAUCACAGAAGUCACACAGGUGAGAAGCCAUUUUCUUGCUCUGAGUGCGGGAAAUGUUUUACACAAAAAUCACAUCUUGUUACACAUCAGAAAAGUCACACAGGUGAGAAGCCAUUUCCAUGUUCUGAGUGUGGGAAAUGUUUUGCACAAAAAUUACAUCUUGUUAGACAUCACAGAAGUCACACAGGUAAGAAACCAUUUUCUUGCUCUGAGUGUGGGAAAUGUUUUACACGGAAAUCACAUCUUGUUACACAUCAGCAAAGUCACAAAGGUGAUAAACCGUUUUCUUGCUCUGAGUGCGGGAAAUGUUUUACACAAAAAUCACAUCUUGUUACACAUCAGAAAAGUCACACAGGUGAGAAGCCAUUUCCAUGUUCUGAGUGUGGGAAAUGUUUUGCACAAAAAUUACAUCUUGUUAGACAUCACAGAAGUCACACAGGUAAGAAACCAUUUUCUUGCUCUGAGUGUGGGAAAUGUUUUACACGGAAAUCACAUCUUGUUACACAUCAGCAAAGUCACAAAGGUGAGAAACCGUUUUCUUGCUCUGAGUGCGGGAAAUGUUUUACACAAAAAUCACAUCUUGUUACACAUCAGAAAAGUCACACAGGU